AUGUUCAAGGAAAUAGGGUACAAAUUGGAAGAAAAUUUGAACCAAAACUUUCAAGAAUUAAGAAAGAUCGCAUUCCCAUUCCAUGGCACUUUCUCAGUUCCACCCACACUCGAUGUAUUUUCAGUUCAGUUGGUAGACCCAGUCGUGGUAAAACAAAUCUUUGGAUUUUCAUGUAUGGACUUUAUUAUGAUAUCAACGUUGACUACAUGUCUAUUCUUUCGGAAGACUUCCUCAAAGAAUAAGUUCCUGAUUCAUCAUCCUCGCUGGUGGUCCAUCAUUAUUCAUGAUGUCAUAAAUAAUAGCUAUCUUACAACAGAGGAAAUUCCACAAGGCCCACUGCCAUUAUUCUUUCAUAUGUCACCAUAUCAGAUUCGUAUUGCAUCUGAAUCUGACUUUUCAAAUAUAUUCAUCAUUCCAGAUGUUAUCCUGGCAAAACUGGUUGAAAACAGUGUCUCUCUGCACUCAUGUCAAAAAUACAUCAAAGGAACUACUUCGUCUCCUAAAAAGCAACGGAAGUACUCAGAUCAUGCAUCCAAGAAGUUGGCAAAGAAGAAGAAGCAAUCAAAGAUAGAUCAACCGCCUUCUAUCUCAUCUCCAAACGUAUCUGAAGAUAAUCUUGGAGUAGAUUUAGAUGAGCCCACAUCUCCUCCUAAAAUCUGGUACAACCUCUAA